AUGAAUAAGACUGAAAUAUUGUAUGAAUCCACAACGUAUUCAGCGGGACCAGGUUUGGAUAUAAAAGAUUUCAAGGUAAUAGAAGAUUGGGAUAACAGGCCCGCGAGUAAAUGGUCACUGUCAAGGAUUGGGAAGCUACAGACAAAGAUCGAGAAUUAUACAUACAAGAUAUAUCAUAGUAACCGAUAUGGUAAACUGAAUUUGCAUAAGAUUAUACCGGGAUAUAAGCUCAUCGAGUUUAUGAAUGAAUGUUUCGGGUAUGAAGGAUGGCGUAUGGAGGUUUUGGAUGUGGAGGCCACAGAGUGUGGAACGGUGCUUAACAAGAAUGCAGAAUCUGAUCAUGAUAUCAAUCAUAACGUUGUUGCUGAAGCUCGAGUGAAAGUUACUUUAAAAGAUGGUACUAAUAUCCAGAAUGGUGGUAUCGGGAGAGGUAUGCUCCCCACUAAGGGCGAGAGCUUCUCCAAAGCCAAGAAAGAAGCAGUAAACAAUGCUUUAAAGCAGACCAUCUUGGGAUUUGAGAAAAUGAUCAUAGAGUAUAACGAUAAAGUUGCUAAAAACUACUACGUGGACGGUCUCUACGUGGCCAAAAUCAAAACAGAAGCCAGUGCCACGAUAAACGUAAAACUAGAAGACCACAUAUAG